UUUGUGUCAAUUGGUUUUUUGAAGGCAGGAAAAUGGCAGUGUUUUUAAGUUACGUUUUGCUAAUAGUUGGUGCUCUGGUUUUAGCUGGAAUUGGUGUUCUUAUUUCUUUCCUGGGCGAGAAAGCCUGUCUCUCAAGACAAUGUGUUGGUCAAGCAAAAUUCAUAAAACGUGCAAUGGACAAAAACUUGAAUCCUUGCGAUGACUUUUAUUCUUUUGUUUGUGAUAACUACCCACUGUUUGGUACUUCAAUUUUAGAAGAAAUAGAAACAAACCAGUUGAAGCGUUUGGUGGAUUACCUAGAGAUAACUUCUGAUUGGGAGGAUGAUGAUAGGCUCGAGCACAUUGGGAAAACGUUGUACCAAAAUUGUGUAAACGACACGCAGCUCACGUUAGAAGGACUGAGACCUCUUCAGAGAGUGAUUGCGAGAAUAGGAGGAAUACCUUUCCUGGAUCCCUUUUGGGACUCGGAAAGAUCAAUUGAGUUUAACGUAAUCGAUAAUGACUUGAAACACUUUUUCAACGGUUUAAAUUCUAUUUUCGUCUACAACAGAAUAAUAAGAAUGAGAAAAGAUCCCUCUUUGAAGCCAAAGAAUGAAACCCAGGCAGAGAUAAGACAAUCUUUAUACCAGACAUUUUCAAUCCCACCUCAUUUUUACACUGCUGAGCCCUAUGAUCCUAAAAACUACCUGCAAUAUUGUAUAGAGUUCAAUGAUUUGUAUAGUACUAGUCUGUCGAUUAAUAAAACAAUAACAGACGCUGAAAAAAAGGAAAUAAUCGAAGCUGCAAAAUUUAAAAUAAAAUUGUUGAAGCUGGCUGACUUUAGCAGAAAUUGUUCUGAACAACCUUUUAGUUUUGUGGAGUUAUCUUAUGAUAAGACCUUAGGCAAACCAGAUCCUAAAAAGGAAUCAUCGACUGUAAGGUUAAAUGCGUACAUAACUAGAAAAGCAGAACCUGGUAUUACUGAACAAGAUUAUGGGUUGGUGACACCGAAUUUUGAUAUCUAUAUAGAUCAACUCAAUGAGCUCUUAGACACAGUAUCUAACCGAGUUCUUGCCAUCUACAUGGGAGUAGAGGCUUUAGUUCAAAUUACUCCUUUUCUUCCUCCUGAAUAUAAAGACAUUUAUGAGAAAUAUUUGGAACAUGAAAAAGAUAAACAGAAUAUAGUGCUUAGCGACAAGCAACUUCACUGUGCGAAGCUUGUUAAAGACGCCAUGACUACCGCAAUCACUGCUCAGUACCUUAAAGAUAAUCCAAAGAAUGUCAAUGAACUUGGAAUAUUAAAUCAAUUAGUUCAUCCAUUGUUAAGAGAAGUAAGAGGGGUGUUAAAAAAAAUUAAAUGGGCUAGUCGCGAAGAUCAUUUGAAAAUGGUACGCUUGGCAAACAGAAUUAAAAUUGUUUCUCCUUUACCACCGCGUGUAUAUGAAAAGAUGAUGAACAAAACGGCCUUUGACUUAUUUUAUCUAAUAAUGUGUUCCAAUGACGAGAGUACCUUGGAGACGUAUUUGUCUGUGAAAACUGUAAAAUAUAUUAGAAACGCUCAAUUGUUAAAUAUGAAAAGUGACACUAGUAGUGAGCCUUACGAUUAUACAAUUUUUCACGACGAUUACGACAUAUUUGAAACAGAAAUAUAUUUUCAACGAGAUUCCAACAUGAUCGUUGUGCCAAUGGCAUACUUGUUCUAUCCAUCCCUCGAUAGCUUGUGGCCCAAGUACUUGAGCUAUGGAGGUUUAGCGAUAUGGAUUGCUCAUAAGGUGAUCCAAACAGUGGGCUAUAGCAACGUCCUUUAUCCAGAAAUUAAACCAGAAGCAGCAAUUACUCAAAGUUGGUGGAAAGAAGACACAAUUUUGGGCUAUAAAACUAGAAGGGAAUGCGCUUUUCAAGAAUACAAUGAAUAUCUCAAACCAUUCAAUAUACAGAGCAAUGAUCCCAACUGUUUGGACUACACUUUAUACACUGCUGCUGCAGUUCAAGCUGCAUACUUUGCAUACAAAGAAGAUACAAGAAUGCGGUUUUUUGUUGAACCAAGAAUUCCUUACCUAGCGGGAUACACAGUGGAUCAAAUAUUCUUUAUCAAAUUUGCAUCCUCGUUCUGUCGGUUUUAUGGAGGAAAAAAUGUAUGGUACACAAAAGAAACUGACAGUUCAAGAGUUUCUCCAAACUUCACUGUUUUAUACAGCCUGAGAAACUUUCAACAUUUUAGUGAAGCUUUUGAGUGUGAGAAAAAAGAAAAAAUGAGGAAGGCGGAGCCAUGUGAAAUGUGGACACCUGUGAUCAAACCAACUGAAUAAAUUGUU